CGUGGGCUCCGAGCUUCAGACGCGGGGGGGCUCGUGGAGAAGCGCUGGAAGUUCCCGGCGAACGACGAGAGGUGGGUUGCUCUCCAGCCCUUGCAGUGCCGUGGAGGCCACUAUCAUCGGGAGAUCGAGAGCAGCCUGCGCGCCGAGGUGUCUAGCGUCUAUCCCGCAAUGCUGAGUCGCCCGGUCCUCCGGGCUAUGGCGAAGAGCCAGGUGCCCAACUAUCUGGAGGAAGAGGUUGCGCGCUGCCCAUGUCUGGCUGCAGCCCAGCAGCCGCCCAAUGAGCCGACGACGGUGGAUGGGGCGGGCCAGCUAUGCCUCCGCGGGGCGGCGAGGAACGCCGCGAACUCACGGGGGAUACUCCAGGAGCUCGAGAGCUACGUCAGGUGCUGCGGUUGGGCCGAAACUUCAAGUGCGACGUCUGCGAUGCUCACCGACGUCCAACCGAGCGGCCCCCUGCACCCUCAGCUGAGCAGCCUCAGAACGGCCGCGAAGUCCUCUUCGAAGCUCUCUCGUGGGUCCGACGGUGGCACGAACGCGAACGCGAUGGCCCUGGCGAUCCUCUACGCCGGCUCCGACAUGCUCUACGUGAGGCUCAUCGACGAGAAGGAGAUUCCAGGGCAGAUCCGACAGGUACGCGUGGGCGACCUAUGGUAUAUCUUCACUACGAAAUGUUUUCCAUGGAUGGGGCGCCCCAUCAUCGUGCGCCGCUACCCUGCAGGAAGCGCCGCGUCCGAUGAGUUCAGAAAGUUGGUCGGGAGCCCGGGCAUCUACUGUCUGCCCUGUGCCGUUGACGCCCGUUGGCAGAUCGGCAGUAUUGAGCGAGCUAUUGCGGCUUUCAGGGAGGCCCGUGACGCCUUCGACAAGAUGGCAUCCGCCGAGAUGCCGACUACCGAGAUGAUUGGUUCACAGGUGGUUGCGAGGAACGACCUGACCAGGAUCGACGGUUUCAGCCCACUUCAACGGUAUGCAGGACGGACGCCGACUGGUGCCGCCGUCAAUCUGUCGGAUGAGCCACACAACCUACCUCUCAUCAGCGCCGAACUACAGGGCGGUGCCUUCAGCCGAGACGCCCAGGUAAGACGACUAUCGAGGUUGGCACGCGUCCAGACGGAUAAUUCCGACCGCGUCAAGCGAGCUGGGGCCGCGAGGUUCAGGUCCUUCAAGAAGCACGAGACAGGUGACUUGGUCUUCGUUUGCAGGCGGCAGCCACCUGGGGCCUGGCGGAAGAAAGGGCAGCCUCGCUCCGUGCCAGGACGAGGUCGCCGCUGCGGAUCUGAACGAAUCCUGCGCCAUGCACCUGCGAGCCCUGGACAGCGACUUGGUCUACCCGGGGCAGUUGUUAACGUCGCGUUGGCUGGCCGUCUCAAUCGAGUUGCUCCAGAACAACUUCGACCUGCCAUUCCGUCCGAGGAGGCGGUGGAGUCGCUGCGCUCGCGUCGCGAGCAACCUGGGACGUGGGCCUUCGGCGAGGUCCAGAAGCAGCUCGACACCAACGAGGUAAUCGACCUUUUUAACGAUUUCCCGCCGACUGGCGAGGACCUUGCAGCGGGCGACGGCGAGUCGGUCAGCGCGCGCGCGCCUUCGCAGGCAUCCCGAGCGGGCCCCGGGCCAUCGACGAGGGCGACGAUCUACCCGUUCCCUUGGCUGUGCUUCAGGGCCUCGGACCAGGGGGCGGCGGAGGCAGCGGACUUCUUCGGCCGCGCCUGGACUUGGAGGACCUCCUCUACCUGGGCCGAGACCUCCGGGGAGGAUGCGACGCAGAGGAAUCCUGGGCCCGACGCGAGUGCUGACCCAGACCCUGUCAUCCAGCCAGCAACGCCCGAGGUUCCGCCAGACCUUCCUCAGCCUGGCGACGAACCGACCGAACCACCCAACGACGCCGAACUACCCGCGGAAGAAGUCAUUAUGGAGGCGCCUCCGAGUGACGACCAGAAGGACCGAGCUUCCCAUCGUCCGAUUGAUGUGGAUACGGACGCACAUGACUUGGAAGAAGCUACGGCGCCCAGUGACAACCUCAAGAGCCAUCGGCAAUCCCCGGGGUCGCCAGAGCCACCUAUCAAGAAGCAGCGGUUCGCCAUUGCCACUCAAGAGGCCCUCUCUUGCUGCCUGCAGGAAGGGGGCUUCUACGGGGGCCGCGCGCGCAGCGUCCAGCAGCGCGGCGGGGCCAAGGUGGGCGACCCCAGCACCUGCGUGGCAUCCCGAGCCCGCGAGGGCCGAAUAGAGGCCCCCCUCAAGAAGGCGACCGCGGGGGAGAAGAAGCCGCUACUUGAGGCCCAGCAGAAGGAGUGCUCAUCCGUUCUCAGCGCCAAGGCGGCCGCAAUCCUGAGCAGACAAGGGGUCGACCGGGCGCUCCUAUUACGUUGCCGCGCCGUGCUGGCUUGGGAGAAGGAUGAGCGAGGCAACGUCCUCCGGGCCGGGCCCGCCUGGUCGCGCUCGGGCUUCGGCAUGAGCGACGACCGGAUCCUGCAGUUCCUUAAGCCGAUGUGCGGGUUUGUACUUGCCCCAUGUAAGUGGCGGUUUCGCUUCAAGGGCGCGCUCGAGAAGCUCGAGCUGGAAGUUGUUCAGUGCGAGCCCUGUGUCGUGGUCAUCCGCGACGGCGUCAAGCUGGUCAGCGUGGCGAUCCUACGCGUCGACGAUGCGAUGAUCGCUGGCGACCGCGCGCGCCCGGCCUUCCUCUGGUGGCGCCCCGACGCCCGCGUGGCUUUCGAGUGGGCGCCCUGGGACAUGCGAGCUUUCGUCCAGUGCGGCACAGUAUCAGACAGAAGACAAAGAGCGAUCGUAUCUACGAGGCCGACUUGGGCCGUAGGAUGGCGCGCUCAGCAGCCCGCCCCGUGGCUCAGCGCAGAAGUAUUCUUGCAGCGAGCCGAGAUUUCGACGGCCGCAGUCUCGACCAUCCAGAAGAUCAACAAGCUCAUCCGCGCCGUGAACGACGCUGCCGACGUGGCCAUGCUCGCCCCAGCUAUCGACCAGAUCGCCGUGGUCGACAGGGGCGGCGCGGACUGGCAGCCG